ACCCUUUACAACAUAUACCCUUUAGACCAUAUACCCUUUGCACUUACCAUAUAUCUUUUUUUACUUGAAACAUGCCCUCUUUACUUCAUAAGCUUUACCUAUACAAAACACUCAAAUUCUCAAAUUCUGGUGCUGCGUACACAAUAUACCAUACUGUAAAUAUCCUCAAGACUGUAAAUAUCCUCAAGACUGUAAAUAUCCUCAAGAUUGUACAUAUCUUCAAGACUGUAAAUAUCCUCAAGACUAUUGUAAAUAUGCUCAAGACUGUAAAUAUGCUCAAGACUGUAAAUAUCCUCAAGACUGUAAAUAUGCUCAAGACUGUAAAUAUCCACAUGACUGUAAAUAUCCUCGAGACUGUAAAUAACUACAAGACUGUAAAUAACUACAAGACUGUAAAAACAUGUAACCCUGUAAAUACUUCGAGACUAUAUACAUUCAAUUAUGUGGGUGUAGUCAAUAAUAAUGUUUUUGGGGAUAAUCAUACGUGUGACCUUUAUCAUGACUUCCAAACACCUUAA